AUGACACAGACAUCUCCAAUUUUUGAUCACACAAUCCGAAUCACUAAUCCAUUGAGGCAAAUGGCUUCUUCAUCGGAUCCAUGGACGAGGGAAUAUAAUGAAGCGUCUAAGCUUGCUGAUGAUAUCACCAGCAUGAUAUCAGAGAGGAAUUCCUUUGGGUCAGGCCCAGAAGCACAGCGCCAUUCAUCUGCUAUUCGGAGAAAAAUCACCAUACUUGGAACCAGACUUGAUAGCUUACAGUCUCUUCUCACAAAGCUUCCUGCUAAACAACCCUUGACAGAGAAAGAAAUGAACAGACGCAGAGAUAUGCUUGGAAAUUUGAGAACAAAGGUAACACAGAUGGCCACCACAUUGAACAUGUCAAACUUUGCUAAUAGGGACAGCUUGCUUGGGCCAGAUAUUAAGCCAGCUGAUGCCAUGAGCAGAAUUGCUGGUUUGGAUAACUCUGGUGUUGUUGGGCUUCAAAGACAAAUCAUGAGAGAACAAGAUGAAGGUUUAGAGAAACUGGAAGAGACAGUGAUAAGCACCAAACAUAUUGCUUUAGCUGUCAAUGAAGAACUUGACCUUCACACUAGACUCAUUGAUGAUCUGGAUGAACAUGUAGAAGUUACUGAUUCUCGACUCAAGAGAGUGCAGAAGAAUUUGGCGAUUCUGAAUAAACGAACAAAGGGUGGUUGCUCAUGCUUGUGCCUACUGUUCUUUCUUUUGUGUGAGAUGUUUGUGCUAUGCUACCGAAGAACAAAGUUCGAGUUGCUAAAUGUUUGCUUGUUGCACCAUAUAUUGAUUUAA